UACAGGAACUGAGCAUUGGGCAUCCUGGGUUCUGUAAGUGGAAAGCCAGGUGUGCAUCUCUUCAUCCCCCUGCCCUCAGGAAGCACUCGCAAGGCCCCUACUGUGUGCAGGGUAGGUGUCAGGCCCUGCCUCCUCUGGGGCUCUGGACCUUGAGAUUGCAGGGGAGAUAAGUGCAAUGGGAUGAGUCAGGCAGGCACGAGAGAUACAGGCCCUGGGAAUUCCAAGAAAUGAGAGAGCCUUUCCUGUUGUGCCUGGAGACAGGGUCCCUGAGAAGACUCCAGCAGGAGGUGGACUCUGAGCCAGGCCAGGGCAGGAACAGAGGGUGCCUGCCAGUUCCCCGAGCUGCUCGGCACAGCUCUGGUUCAUCCCUGCUUUCCCCUCCCCAGCAAGGCUUCUGGGCCUGCAGACGGGCAGGAGCAGAAUGCCAGUCCCCAGAGAAAUCUCCUGGCUUACUUCUUUUGCAGACAGUAGCCACCAGUGGGAGCCAAGACAUCCUGUCAUGGCCAGGACAGGAGACUGUUCAAGGGGCGCUUUGUGUGUGUGUCCUCAGGGACAUCUUUCUGGAAAGGGGUCUGAAGCCACCUUCUUAGUCUCAAAGGAGCCUGUAAGCCAAGCAGGGUGAAGUACCUUCUUGUUUUGGCCUUGUUUGCAAACAAGGAAGCAGGCCCAGGAAGGAUGCCCUUGGCCAUGGCUGCAUACCUGAACACCUUCUGGAAGGGACUAGAACUCCUGCCCCAGGCCCUGGGGUGACAGGGCAGGGGUUGAGUGGGGCAUUUCCUGGGUGAGGUGGGGAUGAAGCAGUUCCAGGCUGGUCAGAAGUCAGGCGUGAGCUGUGUCCUUCACAGAGGGAGGCAGGCCCAGAGAGGGCUCUGACUCGCCCAAGGCCACACAGCCUUGCGUGGGUCUUUCACAUCCCACACAACAGAGGGGCAUCCUCAGCCUGGUUGGCAGAGGGCAGGCAGGAUAGAUGGCAGAGUCUUCUCCGAAGAGAGGGGUUUUGCUCAUGGAACCUCCUCCUCCACACUCACAGCCCUGGGCGAGACCUGUGGAGCAGCCGCCAAGAGAGUGAGGGAGGGGGCUCGGGGCAGCUGAGGGUGACUUGAGGAAGUCCAGCUGGACUGCGAGGGGGCCCCUGGGGACUGCCAGGGAGCCUCAGGACUCCCAGAGGUGCUCCAGGCACAGAGGGAGGAACGGGCCUUCCAUCUCCCUCCCCCCUUCACUGCCGAGGCUCGGUCGGGCCAGGCGCCCGGGGAGGAGGCGGUGUCCCUGGCUCCCAGCCCGCCGGUGCAGCGGGGCAGGGCUGGACCAGAAGGGGUGGGGCACCGUGCCUGGUAUAAGAGGCAGCCAGGGCACCGAGGCAAUGAGCUAUCUGCUCAGCUUAAUAGCAGGACGCUGGCAACAGGCGCUCCCUGCUCCAGUCCAGCCUGCCCGCUCUGCCGCCGCGAUGGUCUCCGUGCCUACUACCUGGUGCUCCGUUGCGCUGGCCCUGCUCGUGGCCCUGCAUGAAGGGAAGGGCCAGGCUGCUGCCACCCUGGAGCAGCCAGCGUCCUCAUCUCAUGCCCAAGGCACCCACCUUCGGCUUCGCCGUUGCUCCUGCAGCUCCUGGAUCGACAAAGAGUGCGUCUACUUCUGCCACUUGGACAUCAUCUGGGUGAACACUCCUGAACAGACAGCUCCUUACGGCCUGGGAAACCCGCCAAGACGCCGGCGCCGCUCCCUGCCAAGGCGCUGUCAGUGCUCCAGCGCCAGGGACCCCGCCUGUGCCACAUUCUGCCUUCGAAGGCCCUGGACUGAAGCCGGGGCAGUCCCUAGCCGGAAGUCCCCUGCAGACGUGUUCCAGACUGGCAAGACAGGGGCCACUACAGGAGAGCUUCUCCAAAGGCUGAGGGACUUUUCCACAGUCAAGAGCCUCUUUGCCAAGCGACAACAGGAGGCCAUGCGGAAGCCGCGGUCCACACAUUCCAGGUGGAGGAAGAGAUAGUGUCGUGAGCUGGAGGAACAUUGGGAAGGAAGCCCGCGGGGAGAGAGGAGGAGAGAAGUGGCCGGGGCUUGUGGACUCUCUGCCUGCUUCCUGGACCGGGGCCUUGGUCCCAGACAGCUGGACCCAUUUGCCAGGAUUGGCACAAGCUCCCUGGUGAGGGAGCCUCGUCCAAGGCAGUUCCGUGUCCUCGCACUGCCCAGGGAAGCCCUCGGCCUCCAGACUGCGGAGCAGCCUCGAGCGCUGGCUGCUGGCCCACAGCUCUGCUGGAAGAACUGCAUGGGGAGUACAUUCAUCUGGAGGCUGCGUCCUGAGGAGUGUCCUGUCUGCUGGGCUACAAACCAGGAGCAACCGUGCAGCCACGAACACGCAUGCCUCAGCCAGCCCUGGAGGCUGGACGGCUCCCCCUGGGGCUGGCAUCCUGGCUGGCUGUGUCCUCUCCAGCUCUCCCUCCCCAGAGUCCUUGCACCCUCAUUCCCUCGGGACCCUCCCAGUGAGAAGGGCCUGCUCUGCUUCUCCUGUCUGUAUAUAACUUAUUUGCCCUAAGAACUUUGAGAAUCCCAAUUAUUUAUUUUAAUGUAUUUUUUAGACCCUCUAUUUACCUGCAAACUUGUGUUUAUAAUAAAUGAGGAAACGUA